AUCGACCUUCUUCACAAUCGUGAAAUGUGUUUCAAACGUCGCGUAGUAUUGUUAGAUGACGGCAAAUUAUACCGCAACUUAUUCAAACAUGGGACUUAAUCAAUUCACAGGAUUCCAUUUAGAAUAAUUUCCCGCAAUGUCAAGUUGUGUACACCUAAGAAGUCACCGUCAAAUGACGUUACCGAUUCGGGUGCCCGUGACGUGACGUCACUCCGGGAAGACUCUGUGACGUCACUGGAGGGGUCGGGUCGGCGACGGGCCGCCCGUCGGGGUGUCGGACAGUAGUCCGUCGGCCGUGGCUGGAGUCGGCCCGAGCCAGUUCUGCCGCCUACCUCCGGACUCGCUGUGUCGUGCUGAGCGUCCUAUCGUCAGUUCGACAGCGCCAGAGCGGCAAUCCGUCAGCCGAGAGUCCCGGUUUGUCUAUUUGUUUACCUACUGUUUAGCCAUCUCCCGUCUGAACUGAACGGAGGCGCUGCUCGGUCUUACCGGGCGCAUCUCUGCAGUCUGCAUCGUGCUGCUAGUUUCUCGGCGUUCAUCUACUGCAGCCAUGGACGGUCCUCAAAAGAAGUUGAUGGCGGAACCGACGGCGUCGGACACCAGCUCCGACACCUUGGGCUCCGAGAGACACUCCAUUUACAAACAGAUCCUGGGCAGCGUGGUGGUCGCCACGGUAACCCUGUCGUACAGCUGUCUGCUCGGGUUCGGCUCCAUCCUGCUGGGACAACUGGAGGAGGAUGACGCCACCGUGGUGGUCUCCGACCGACAGCGACCCUGGCUCAUGGGCGGAGCCUACGUGGGCUCUGUACUGGGCUGCAUUCUGGCCACGUUUCUGGCCAAGACGUUCGGCCCUAGCCGGAUAAUGUUCUGGCACACGCUGCCCAACGCUAUUGGAUGGGCUCUGCAGGCGCUGGCCACCGGCUUCUGGCCGCUGAUGGCUGGCCGGUUCGUGUGCGGCCUGGCGUGCGGCGUGUGCGUCAGCAGCGCUCAGAUCUACAUCAGUGAGAUCAGCAGCCCGCGGGUGCGCGGCGUGCUGCUGAUUCUGCCCGAGACGUUCGCCACGGCCGGCCUGCUGAUGUGCUACACCCUCGGCCUGCUGCUGCACUGGAAGAUGGUGGCUGUGGUGUGCGGCCUGGUGCCCAACCUGGUGAUAUUCGCCGGCUUCCUGCGACUGCCCGAGUCGCCCACCUGGCUGGUGUCCAAACAUCGCCUGUCGGCGGCCGCCGAGUCGCUGCUCUUCUUCCACGGCCGGCGGUACGCGGCUGACAGCCAGGUACAGCUGAUCCUGGCCGGACUCGAGCAGACCAAAAUGUCCGUCUGCGAGACGCUGCGACUGAUGCGGCACAGUGUCUACCUGCAGCCGGUGCUCAUCAUUGCCGUCCAGAUGACCAUCCUCAACUUCUCCGGCAUCAACGCCAUGUUCGGCUACGCCGUGGUCAUCUUCCGUCUGGCGCGCACGGGCAUCAACGAGUACCACUGCGCCAUGGUGCUGGCGGCGGUGCGGCUUCUCUGCAACAUCGGCAGCACGACACUCAUCGACCGUCUCGGCAGACGCGUGCUGCUCUCCCUCUCCGGCGCGUUCUGCACCGUAUCACUGGCCGUCAUCGGCGCCUACUUCUACCUGCGGGAGCAGGACGUCCAGCAGGUUCAGGGACUGCACUGGCUGCCGCUGGCCGGCAUGAUCUGCACCAUCUGCAGCUACUCGCUCGGCAUCGGACCCAUCAGCUGGGUCAUUUUCGGCGAGAUGCUGCCGUCGUCCGUGCGGGAACUCUACGGCAGCAUCAUCAUCAUCUUCUGGUCGCUGACGCUGUUCACGGUGCUGCAGGUGUUCCCAGAGCUGACGGCACUGCUCGGGAACAGCGGCACCUUCUGGCUGUUUGCCGGCGUGUGCGCCGUACAGGUGCUGUUUGCGUUCUGUGUGGUACCCGAGACGCGGCUCCGUACACUGGAGGAUAUUCAUCAGGAGCACUUUGUCGGCAAAAGCAAGGGCGAGGCGGAAACAGAGGGCGGGGAAAUCUGAGUGGUUUCAUGGGUGGAUGGGAAUGGUGCGAAGGAAUGGGAUGGGGUGUGAAAGCGAAAGAGUGGAUGAAGGUUGAUAGGGAGAGAAAGAGAGGGGGAGAGGGAGAGCACACAUACAACUCCUGUCUGCCGUAUCCUAACGGUAGGAAUGCCAUGCGUGGCACUGAUGCGAUCGUCCGGAGAAUGAUUCAGCUCUGCGCUGGCUGCGUCUGGGGAGAGCUGGAGAGUAGCAACUAACUCCCAGUUCAAUACUGUGAUGUGAUGAUGUGGGACGAACAUGUGACAUGCAUUCGUUAUCUAUAGAUGCUAGUUGAGUCAUGUUUGGUAGUUUUUCUUUAACGAUAUUCUCCUGUACUGAGUUUGAGUGCGUGCCGCGAUAAAAAAUCUGUCUUUGUAGGGAUGUUGUAUAAUUACGCUUUUUCACUGAAGUGUUGACUGUGAGUCACUAAAGUGAAAAAGUCGUGCGUGUGCCAUAACUGGUAAAGGAGGUCGGUCUCAGAUCUUGUGUGUUGUGUCAAAUGUGGAGCUCGCAUUGAUGGGACAGUAGAUUCCGACAUGCUUUUUAUCUGCUGUAUGAUCAUAGACAAUCGGCUCACUAAUCGGCUCACGACGGCCCGUGAGGCUUCCGUCACAGCAGUAAGCAGUAAGUAUAGACAAGGGUGUCAUUUUAUAUCUCGUGGGCUAGCUAUCGGCAUCCUUAGAGUAAGCUAUGGUUUCCCUAACUCUCGACAGAAAACAAAAUCUUGUUAAACAUCAUCGUACUUCGAGGUGUGUGACUACGGAUGUGCGAUCAUUGCACAGUGUGCGGUGUGCAUGCACGAACUUUCAGUGGCGAAGGACGACCAUAUCGAUGGCGAUGCAUCGAUGGGUUUGCGAUAUGUGUUAUCCAGUGUCGCUGUCGCUUGUGAGCUGUCAUGUCAUGAACAUAUCAUGCCCGAAAAGAUACGCUCUCGAACUCUGGGCAGUGACGGUGCCUUGCGUGCGCUGGGGUCGCUGGGGAGUGCUGGCAAUAUCAAUUAGAUAUUCACAAAUCUGAUAUUGCUGUGAUUGUCAUGGACAACCCACCGAUGUGUAUGAAAUUACGAAUGAUUUAGCAUUGAAACGUGGUAGUGGAAGCUAAAUUCGGUAGCCUGCAAAGUUAAACGCAUAUUUAUUUUCCAUAUCUUGUGACAAUGCAGUAAUCAGUGAGAUUAUUAUCUUUGUCACUGAAAUGUUGUAAAUAAAUGAACGAGUGAAAACA